AUGUCAGAAGACUUCGUCCGAGAUGGAUACAAAUACAUCAAGCCGGUACGAGACGAAUACCAGUCAUGUCGCGAAGAAAGCAGAUUUAUCAAUAUUGAUUCAUUGUUGAACUUUUUUCGUGGAGUUGUUGCAAACAAGCGUGAGAAUACAAGCUUUCAGGACUCAAAGAAGAAACAGAUACCUAAUUUGCGCGAUACGGUCGUGCCUGUGAUUGAUAUACACAAGGAACAUGUGAGUGAUUGGUUCCGAGAACUGGCCGGUAGCGUACCCCUUCAAAGUCUCGGUCGCCGGGUCCUAUAUUACAAGGACAAAGAUAAGGACGAAAUUUUGAGUGAGCUGUUAUCUAAUAAGGUUCCAACCACUCGUGCUAUUUGGUUCAUCAACAUGAGUGUGAUUGUUUCGGCAGCGUUGGCAGAAAACGCUAAAAAGAAACCCCGCGCACUUUCUGAUCCAACGGUUGAAUGGACAACCGCACUUUGUGGUAUGCUUACUCGUAUACUGGAUCAAAUUAGUUGCGAAUCCUCAAACGAUGCACUAGAUUCCGAUUGGAAUUACCUAUUUACUCUGUUGUUAGCUAUGUACGACAUGGAUAUGGCGGAUCAUUGGGAAGUGCUCAUUUGGUUGGUGGAUCGAGCCGAAAGCAUUUCAAAGCCCUUUCGGCCACCUGCCCCUUAUGCGACUCCUCCGACGCAGCCUUCAUUGCAGUUACAGGAGUCCAUUGAGAAUGAACGAUUAAAACUCAAAUUCUUUCUGCACUAUCUGUUGCGUGUUGGAAUUCGUUUUACCGAGAGUGAACUAAUUACCCGACGAUUACUCUAUUGGUGCUGUUCCGUUCUGUCAGAAGUCACUUAUUGUGAUUCACGCUCACCUGGAAACGAACCUCGAUCGAGCGCCCAGCUUGUUCUGGAUGAAUACAUCGAGACUUGUACGUGUCCUUUGCAUCGAGUUAUUGUGAUGUCCUUGAGCAGUCUGAUCGUGUGUCUAACUAUGAGCUGUCCAUCUGCAGCCGUUUGGAAUGAUAUACCACCGGUGGGGGAUCAUUUCUAUCUCCGAGGAUCACCAUUAGACUUGAUACCUUAUUCAUUGGUUGCUCUACCAAUGCCUCGUGGUCCCGAGGUGAUUCCAAUCAGAAAGUGUCUCACGGAAUUGGAAGAAAUCAUCAUCACCCGUGGUCGGUUAGCUGAGCUUGGUUGGAAUCGUCAGGCUGCUACGAACGUGAAUGGAGAACAGGUUGAACGGUCGUUAAAAUUACUGAACAUCUUGGAUAGUCAAAACUACUACGUGGCAAAAGAACUGAAUCCAAUGGAAGCUUUGUUCAAUUUGAUUUUCAAAGAUGAAACACUUCACGUCGAUACGGGGGCACUUGUGACAACCUUGUGUGACUGGGCUGUGUCUACGCAUCGAUUUGGAAUUCAUCGCGCCAUUAUCGUAGCGUGUUUGUUAGAACAACUUUGGUGUACUUUCCAAUCUAAUACAACUUCAAGACAGUUGUUUCAAGACACUUUGGUGGCGUUUCUGGAUAACUUUUCUACUACACUACCCCCAUUUGUUGGUGAUCAAGCUCCUAUAGAUAAUGAACCUAUGAAAAGUUUAGUUUGCUUAUUCGGCGAAUUGAUCGAUCGCCAAUUGUUCGACCAUGACGCUUAUGUACGACAUUUUAUUGCUAGAGGUGCUUUUAAUACCAGUGAUCAUCCAUUGGCUUUUGAGACCGGAUCAAUACAUCAUCAGCUGGGAUCGUCCACGGCUAGUCUCGGUGCGAACACCCCUAAUGCACAUUCACGCGCGACGCAUGUUCCAAGCUGUCUGACCAAUUUGAAUCUGUCCAAUAAUGCCACAGCUCAACACUCGGUGGCUUCCGAAAUGUCGGAAGAAAAUGACCGUUGCAGUAUGGACAAUCCGGAUUCUGUUCGUUCUGAGCUAGGCUUUCAGCCUUGCGCCCCACCCACUCACGGUUCACAUGCGAACAACCCCGAAAAACCGGUGCAGUUCGGCUCGACUGUCACUCGAUCACCUCACCUACACUUCCUGACACAAUUUCCGAUACCACAGGGAGAAUGUUAUGCCCACGAGCAAAAUCAGCGCUACCAACUGCUGUACGGAUCCGUACGUGCGAGAGAUAGAGCACGAUCCCGUGUGAGGCAUUUAGUUCGUGACAUAAAGAAGCUGUUCACCAAAGGGUCCUAUUUGGUCGAUGUGGUACAAGGGGAAAUGGGCAAACGUAAAAAGACUAAAGAUCGUGAGAAAGAUCGAGAGCAGUCAGUUUCAGCCAGUGGUGGUGGUGCUGGAGGUUCAGGAAAUUCUGCUUCAGGUGGGGGUACUGCUACUACUGGAAGCCUUUCUUCCACCGGGCAUCGAUCCUCGGAAGACACGCACUCAAUCGAUCGCCUUCACGAGGAUAUCAUGUCCCGAUUCGUUCGCUUAUCGUACCACGACAUGGAGUGUGUGAUCUCGCAGUGCACCCCCACGUUUAUGAAAAUGCUGAAUGGUUCAAGUGGUGGCAGUACAAGCAACCUGACUUCAGAUGAACACAGCGCUUCAUUUGGCUUAAAUAAUCCACCAUCUCCACAAGUUAACAGUAGUACAAUGGGCAACACAAUGAUAGCCCUACCCGGUUCUUCUGGUUCUUACACAUCUUUGGCGCCGCCUACCGCAUCACAAACACAUAUUUAUAUGCCAGUACCAAGUUCGAUCUUCUUAUUUUUUGAUCUGAUUGAGACUUCACUGAACAUAACUUGCCUCAUUUCGACUGUGGUCGACACACUGGAGCGCCUGAAAUCUCUUUUCGAGAAUCGCACUCAGUUCAUGACACUGUACAUGUCUUACAUGUGUCUGCGUGCCAUCGGCAUACUACAGCGCUACCAACCGGUACUACUUACUAUGAGUAUAGCUCCUCGACUGUUCUCCACUCUAAUUGCCCAAGUAUUUCAGGUGAAAGAAUCCACACAAUGCUUUCCUUCAGAACGAUGUAUUUUGGCGUAUGUACACGGCCUAUUUUCCUCAAGCUGUGCCGUCCGUUCUAGUUUUACGUCGUUUUAUGGUAAAGCUCAUGGAAAGGUUUCUGCUAUUUUCCGUCGGGUUCUUCCAGGAAACGGAAAGGGCAAAUUUGAUCCGAAUUAUGCCGCUGAGCUGUUGGAUGAAAAGUCUCAGGACAAUGGAGCCUCUUUUCCUACCUAUGCAGAAGAUUUACGGCGUGAAUCCAACUCUCGAUUUAGCUUUGUAUGCCGAGCUAUCGUAUUUGUUUGUCAAGCUGAAACCAGUGAACGAUUGAAUUAUUUGUGUAGCCUUUGUGUGGAACUCACAGCACAAUGUAGCGAACUGAGUUCCGAAUGGAUUGGUUCAUUGUAUGCGAUACUUGCGCCUCGAACCGAAGCACCAAGAUACGAGCCAUUGGUGAGCACAAUCGAACCGACAGAUGUGAACAUGUAUGACAAUUUGAGCUCACUCAUUGGCACUUUGUUAUCUCGCCAUUGUUUUCCAAUAUCGGAUUUUCUUCAAUCGGUAAUAUGUGCAGCCAUGGCCCAUGGAUUAAAUCAAGUUUCUCAGCCCAUUGGUCCUCAACUGGAGCCAAUCAUCCGCCUCGCUUGUCAUAUUCUGCAUAGACUUUUCACUGCCGAAUCAACUGUCAGCUCACUACAGACUGCUUCCAACGUACUCACUCCAAACCAUGAUGUUUCCGUCUCAAAUGCGAGUAACGCAAAUCCUGACUCUAUGGUUUCAUCACCUCCAUUUCGUAUAUCUGAACCACUGCUUCUGACUGGUGCGUUACAAAAAGUCGGAACAGAGGUUCUGGUUGAUGUGCUAAAAAUGCUGAUGGUGAAUUAUGAUAAAGCAUUUCAUGCAGACCCUUCACACUCAGAUGAUCAUAUCGAUAGUACAGGAGAACCACCGGAUGAUGAUGGAGACGGAAAUCAAGGUCGUGGUUCGGAUCUGGACAUGGAUGAUGAUCAGGAUUCCACUGAAGACUCUUCCGAUCCGUCUCGGCGCCGAAAACGGGGCAAGCAAAACGAAAGUUCGAAAGCUCGUCAGCGCAAGCGACGUAGAGUAAGUGUUCGACGGGCACAGACAUCCGUUCAUCCUGUACAUUUUAUAGUACAGCGCUAUUUGGAUUCUGGGACAUUACCGACGGUAGCCGAACUUCGCAGUCUCCCACUGGAUGGCCUGAUACAACUGGUUCUUCGUGAGAUCUGCACAGUUUAUUGGGUUCGGGAGCGGUUCUGUGGUAUGCCCUACGAAAGAUUGAUUUGUGAAAACGUCCUGAUAGAUAAAAACUUCUCCCACAGUCAGGCACGUCGUUUACUGCACACCAUAUUCUACCCAUAUGAUACUUCCUGGUCAGAUGUUGCCUCCGCUUCCGACGGUUUGGCUGAAGCAAUGUGUCAUGCGUUGAGCAACUUGAACUUGUGGACAUUUAAUUGCGCGCACAUGAAAUUCGAAUUACUUUAUAAACAAAUUCCGUUCUCUCAUCAAGCUGAAGUGCUCGGAUUUGUGGCCCAGUGCCUUGUGUCAGAGUUUCAACGACAGGCCUUGACAUGGCUGAAUGCGGAUGGUUCAUGUGUUACCACAGAUGGCUCCGUGGGACUUAUUGGUGGUCUUCCGAAUUUCGAUUUGGAUGAAGACGAUCCGGUUUGGCUUUUACCUGUGCUGAUUCAAAAACUACCGAAGCCGAUGAAGUGCCAGAUAGUCAAAAUCACCCUAGAGGCAAGUACUGAUGUGCAACCCGCAUGUCCCGAUUGGACGACUUACGACAAUCUGAAAGGCAUUCGGAACUACUGGAAGCACAAAAAUGAUGAGGACAAAGAAAGUGUUCUGCUCCAACAUUCAAUCAUAUUGGCACACCCGGCGUUCUUCUCUCUGUUACAAAUAUGUCUAGAAGAAGCAGAUCAUAAGGAAGCACUAAAUGAACAAAUUGAAUACUUUGUUCCAAACGCUCGUGAUACAGAAGAUCAUGUCCCGGACAAUUUACGUACCAGACAGGUCGUUCAGGAAUGUUUACGACUUAGACUUACGCUGAUCGGUCAAAGAUUCCAAGAGUUGCUUACCGAUUCGGAAACAUGCACGCGCCUUGCACAAUUACUAACUCAGUUGAUCAGUCACGGAGUUACGGAACCCGAAUCUAAUAGCGCUCUGUUUUUUAUGGUACUAGACAUGCUGCAGACUUUGGUUCAUACGUUUGCUGCACGUAAUGGUUUAGAAGGAAAACCGUAUCAAAACUUGGUGAAAAGACUCCGUCGAGAACUCUCCGAACGACCGACCACCUCAGGUAUAGAACAAAUCAGACCCUUAUUAAUCCCACUGAAAGCAGCUUAUACUGUCUUUGUUACGGGUCGAUCGCGUCAACGGGCAGGAGCUUCGGGGACAGCCGGUAACUCGUCUUCUGGUGGUUCUGGGACCGGUUCUCUGGGAAAAGCUGGCGGCGCUGGUAAGUCUAGUGGUAACAAAGGGUCCGGUAAGUCAAGUGGAGGAAAUCGUUCGGGCUUGUUCGGUUCCGUCGGUAGCGGUCCUGGUCGUGGCCCUAAAAAGCGCGGAUUCAUGAUCAUUGGCAAAGAACGGUUUGCUCCGUGGGAUAUUCAAGACCCCAGUAAACAAUCCGCGUUGCUGUGUAUGCACGGAGCCACCCUUACCGAGGCUGUGCUUUCUCGGACUGAAGAUCAAGCUAAUAGACUGAUCAGACACGACCACUUUAUUCGUUUACGACGCCCUUUGGAAUUCUAUUUAACUCCGGUCUAUCCUGAAAAGAACGAAUCUAAAGGCUCUGUUCAUAAUGGGCCUCCAUCAACAAGCAAGGCAUUGAAGCGGGAAUCAUCCAAUGCAUCGUCCAUGCUUCCACCUUCUCUCAGACCCCAAAGUUCGAAUGUUCCUCAUUGCGAGCCUUCGCCGUCUGCUCUCCAAGCAAGUCGGAAACACGGUUCCGUCGGUCACGGAAUGAAUAAGCUGCCACCUCGUUCAUUUGGCCAUGAUGGUGGCGUCCCCGAAGAACCGACCGCUUACAGUGAGUCCAUUCGAAUAGGCAGCUCGAUUCAACAGGAGACUUUAUCAAGAGCAGGUAGCAUGCAUUCUUUGCAGUCCGAAUACUCGCAAGAUUUGUCAUCUGAACACUUAAGAGCGCAAUCCAACCCCUCGUCGUUUGGUUCAGCUUUACAUGUUAAUAUGAUCAAAUCACAAUACGUACAGCCUUGUAUUGGCAGUGGAUCCAUUGACGGUCAUAUCCAAUCCGUUUCGGAGGGAUCAAUGAAAUCAAUGGAUACGUCUAAACAUGGUCCCCGAACGGCAGUUUUAGACGAUGUUUAUAGUGAACUAGCUUUCUCCCAGACAGAACCGACACUGAGCAAACCCGGUCGUGCUCCUGGUAAAUUCGCACCUGAUCCCCCGCAAAUAGCAUCUGGUACUGCGGAUAUGUCCACAUCUUUUGUUUCCGCUCAACCGACAGCUACCAAACGAAAACGCGGCGCUGGACGAAGGGCACCUGUUGCUUCAGUUUCGGAACGCUCAUUGCCUGGUAACGCUACAGCUGCUCGCCCAGCUCCCAACGUUGCACCUGGUCGUACGGCUGCUGCAACUGUUCGUGCAGCAAACGCGGCUGCUAAUGCUAGGAUGUCGUCUGUCGGAAUGAUGGACACACUUCAUGUGCAUUCUACACUUCCUUGUGGUGAAACGGUUCCAGAUAUAGCCUCAUCUAGUGCGCCCCAGAACUCAUGGGUGAAUAAGUCGUUCCCGCACGAUUCAGUUAAUCCGGCAGACGGUCACAUGUCUGCACAGUCUUCUCGUGGACCAGCUCAUCUUGUUAACUUAGGCGGGUUCAUACGAAACCGUACUCAGCAACAACAGCAGCAGCAACAACAACAGCAGUUAGUUUCGGUUUCUCUGCACCCCCACCAUCAGCAUCAAUCACAAGCUUACAACACAUUUGCUGACUCCGGUUCAAACCCAGCAGGCACUAUUCGUGGAUCACAGCAAGAACUGUGUACUGCUACUGUUUAUGUCCAGUCGAAUCCUUCGUUUGAUGGCUCAGUGGGUAUUCCGCAUUCACUGGGCGUGGCUGGCCCCACUACGUCCUAUGGUGAUAAUACAGUGAGUUUUGUCACCUCAUUUCCCCAGACAGUGGAUAAUGUGAUAAAUCCUGUGAGACAACAAACUGGCGGUACCCAAAAUGCCCCUCGUUAUAUGCCUCAGCUUACAACCCAUCGCGCACAAAUGACCGUACACCAGAGUGUUCCCAUCACGGGGAACCAGUCACAACAACUUGUACCUAAUCCUCCACCCUAUCCCGUUUCCCAAUCCAGUCAUACACAUUUGACUCAUCAUCAACAACAGCAGCAAACACAACAUGUGAUUGGUCGCAAUCCAGAUGAUAAUUUUGUUUUGAUGCUUGAUACAUCCACAGAUGAUGCCUUUGUUAGAGCAGGUGGACAGCCUGGUAUGCCCUCUCAUCUAAUUCCCCGUCAAACAGCUUACCACACAAUGCGACCGCAUCAGCCUCAUCUUCAUGCACACCAUACACAACAACAGCCACAUCAACACAACGCUGUAGGUGAUCAAAUACCAGUUCAAAUGAUGCCACAACACACACACGGGACCGGAUUGGGAGCAACCUUUCAACGUGUACCUAAUCCUAGUCAGAUUCAUGCACCUCCUCACAAUGCCCAAACUAAUCCAACACAAACCCAUUACUCCCGUUUCGCAUAUUAA